GCGGCUAUAUGGGCUGUUCGAUGCGGAAGUAAGCGAUCGGCAAUGUUCAGCACUUUCUUUCGAAGUAGUGGUUUGCCGUAAACCUUAUCGGUUAAACUGUCUUAUGUGGUGCACAGCAGCUGGAAGACUACAACCCUAUCCUGCCACUGGAAAAUGGCAGCUCCCAGAAGGAGGUUAUUUCCUUUCUGAGUCCUUUUGCCAUGUGAUCAUCUGCUAGUGAAGCAGUGUGUACCAUCUCCAAGAAGACUGUUGAAUCAAUAGAGAGCAAAGAAAGGUCAUUAAUUGCAUUUGAGCUGAUUGAAUUUGAAGAAAAACUGGAAAAACUGUGGCGUUGUAAAACAUUUGACUGCUAUAUACUAUGUCAAAAAAAGGAAAAAUGAAGAAAAAAAAUGCCGAUAUUGAGACUGAACUCGCCAUAGCUGCUAAACCUUUGUACACAGUGGCUUCGAUCAGGCAGCAUGGUAUUGGCUGUCACAAAAAGUUGUGAUGGAGACGUUCCAUGGACAGCGAAUCAGUCAAAACCAAUCCGAUGAUUCCAACAGUGAUGACCAGGACCCACUACUCCCUAGUGAAGAUUCCAUACAUAAUCUUUAUGCAUCCAGGCAGAAACCUCAAGACAAUUUCUCUGUAGUUUAUGCCAUCUUUUUCCUCUUGGGUGUGGGUUCUUUGUUGCCUUGGAACUUUUUCGUUACUGCCAAACAUUACUGGACGUACAAACUCAACAGUGGCUCUGGGCCGAGCUCAUCAGAUUUUAGCAAUUACUUUGAAGGUUACCUCUCAAUUGCAUCCACUGUGCCAUCUGUUAUAUGCCUGAUUCUCAACUUCCUUCUUGUGAACAAGAUCUCCCCAACUGUCCGUGUACUGAGCUCUCUGUCUGUAAUGCUUGCUAUUUUCAUAAUCACAACUGUGUUUGUGAAGGUUGAUACCUCAGCUGUGACAAAGGAAUUUUUUAUGGCCACCUUAGUGUGUGUGGCCUGUGUUAGUGGAGCCUCCACUGUAUUCACAGGAAGUGUAUUUGGAGUGACGGGCCGAUUCCCUAUGCGAAUUUCACAGGCACUAAUCUCAGGUCAGGCCAUGGGCGGUACGCUUAGCGCUGUGGCAUCUAUAAUAGAUCUGGCUGCUGGCAAUGACAUCACUGACAGUGCGUUGGCAUAUUUUUUAACAGCAGAUAUUUUUAUUGUUCUGUGUAUCAUCGCUUACUUGCUGUUGAACCGUCUUGCAUACUCCAGGUACUACAUGGCUGGCACAGGGUCGCUUAACCUCCUGCAGUAUGAAGUGAUAGAUGCUGGUAGAGGGACCGAAGAACACCUUAGAAUGAAUUCCAUACCUCCGCUACAGCCAAUUUUAAAGAAGACAGCCAUGUUAGGAUCUUGUGUGUUCUAUGUAUUCUUUAUUUCCAUUAUUGUGUUCCCGGCUGUCUUAUCGGGUAUUGAGUCGGUGCACAAGAACAGUGGCAGCCCUUGGACCACGACUUACUUUACUCCACUUACCACCUUUCUCCUCUACAACAUGGCUGACUUUUGUGGUCGACAGAUUACAGUUUGGAUCCAAUUCCCUGGGCCCAAGAGCAAACUUUUGCCUGUUGCGGUGCUGCUCCGUACCAUCUUUGUGCCACUUUUCAUGUACUGUAACUAUCAGCCACGCAAUCACAUCAAGACAGUGGUUUUCACUACAGAUGUCUAUCCCAUAAUAUUUACCUCCUUCCUGGGUCUCUCAAAUGGUUAUCUGGGGACCUUGCCAAUGAUUUAUGGACCAAAAGUUGUCCACAGGGAUCUGGCUGAAGCGGCCGGUGUGGUCAUGUCUUUCUUUUUAAUGUUGGGACUGGCAGUUGGAGCUGCAUUUUCAGUUAUUAUUGUGCAUUAUAUCUAAAAUGCAAGACAGCAUUAAGGCCACAACUUUAAAAAAAGAGAAAAUGCUAAAAACAUUAGAUCUCUUAACAUGCUGCGUUCAUGUAGCACUUCGGAUUUUAAGCCUGUGGUUUCAAUUUUAACAGUGAACUCAUCCAAGCAGGAUGAAAUACUAUCUGGGAUACCCUCCAGAGGACAAAUACAUGUCACCAUUUUAUCUGCUCAGGUUUUUAAUUUUGGUGUAUAUUAGACAGCCAAAGGGCUACUUAAAUCAUGUUUUAAAGACUUGUUUUAAUUAAGUGCCUUCUUUUGUGGGGUUGGAACCUGAAAAUACAUCAGCCGCUCAUUUGCUUUCAUUCAAGUUUAUUUCCUUCUGGUAUCUGUUGGCUUGUCAAACUGAAUGUAUGACAUAUUCUAGUAAUUUACCACCUUUACUUGACCAUCGGAUGACCUCUCUUCAUAGUGGCCAAUUUAAUUAAAGACAGAUUCUUGUUUUAGUAA